AGUGUGCUCAAUUCGGCAAGAAUCAAAACAAUAAUCCACGAGAUUUAUACUAAAAAUGUACGCACGAGUUUUUAUCCGGCAUGUUUGUGGAUAUCGAGUUCCGGUAGUUCAACCUUUACUGCAAAAUACCCAGGUAAUCCGCAAUGCUUCGUUCCGUUCAUCAGAGCCUGUUGGGGAUUUGACCCAAUUUCCCGAAGUGGAAAUUGUGAAAAAUCCUUCUGAGUGGAGAUUUGUUGAAAGAUUGAUAGCUCCUCGGGUGGUGCCAGUACCAUUGGAACAAAAAGAGUAUCCCUCCGGAUGGAAGCCACCGAGUCCUAAGCCGGACCUCAAAUACCAUGUUAACCGCACCAAAAACUUUAUGCUUCCGGUAUAUUUGAAAAGAACCUUCCGUGGGCAGCGUAUUCUAACUGCAGUGCGGAGGAUCGAAGGGGACAUUUGGCAGUUGGAGGCUGAACUAAGAUACUUGAUAGAAAAAAAGUUUAACAAACCCAUCGUGACUCGGAUCAACGAAAUGAAUGGACAGAUUGAGCUAAAAGGAGACUACGUAACAAUAGUUGAGGAAUAUCUUCUAAGUAAGGGCCUUUAAUCGAUAUAACUAAUAACAUGUUGACUAGUUUGCAAGCUAAGAACUAUUUAAAUCGAAUUAUAUCACAGACCUUCUUUGUAAAAACAAAAACUCGAAACACUUAUUGAGCAAAUGAAUAAAAGAGAUUGCAAAGCUUGAGUCUCGGUAAAAUGAAUAAAAUAAUGUUGUCUGGUU